CAUGACUAAAAUUGCAAAAAAAAAUAUGUGAAGCAGUCAGAACUCUCAGCUGUAAAUAGCCAGAGUGCGGUCGACUCAUCGUAAUAUAUUCGGAUUUUUCGGUUGUAUUCGCACAUCAAUCAUACUAAUAAGCAACUUCUACGUAUUCUUUCCGAUUGUUAUAAACAGCAUUAUUAUUAUGUACAACUGAAACCACCGUCUCACCACUCAUACAGAACUAUUUGUCGUGGUAUAUUUUUGAAUUCAUCUUUCGACGAAAACUGAAAUAAUAAAUUGAAUUUUGUGUCAAAGUGUAAAACUUUUAUCAAAUUAUGAAUAGACUUAGCGUUGGUGGCAAAUGUUUCAACAAAAGCUCGGCGAGACUGUUGUCAACUUGCAAUAGCCGAUUGAAAGAUUACAAAUGCAAAAUUCUUGUUGUUGGCGGCGGCACAGGUGGUUGUUCGAUUGCUGCCAAACUGACUGCAAAAUUGGGUAAUGAUUCUGUCAUCAUUGUCGAACCGAAUGAACGACACUAUUAUCAGCCAAUGUUCACAAUGAUAGGCGGUGGGAUGAAAACAUUAUCGCAAUCGAAUUAUGCUAUGAAAUCAGUGCUUCCAAAAGGUGCAAAGUGGUUGAAAGAUCGGGUCUGUAGCUUUGAUCCAUCAGUCGGGUCUGUGAAGACUACGAAUGGAAGUCGAAUAAAUUAUGAUGUGCUUGUGUUAGCUUUGGGAAUGGAACUUCGUUAUGACAAGAUUCCAGGACUACAACAGGCACUGGACAUGCCUAAUAGCAAUGUGACUUCAAUUUAUUCCCCAAAGUAUGUCGAACGACAUUUUCAGAACUUGCAAAAAUUCGAGAAGGGAAAUAUAGUUUUUACGUUUCCUGCUUCACCAGUAAAAUGUCCAGGGGCUCCACAGAAGAUUUGUUACAUUACAGAGGAUUAUCUUCGAAGAAAUAACAAGCGAGACAAUGCCAAGAUUAUUUACAACACUGCACUCCCUGUCAUAUUCGGUGUCAAGUACUUUGCAGAUGCACUAUGGAAAGUGGUGAAGAAAAGAGAUAUAGAAGUGAACACCACGUUCAACUUAAUCGAAGUCAUUCCCGAUAGACACAUUGCUGUUUUUCAAAAUGUUACCAAACCAGAAGAAAAAGUGAAGACUGAGUAUGCAAUUUUACAUGCAGUACCUCCACAAGCUCCACCAAGCGUACUCGCUGAAUGUAAAGAUCUAACCAACGACACCGGAUUCGUUAAUGUUCACAAAGAUUACCUCCAGCAUACCAGAUUCCCCAAUGUGUUUGCAAUCGGUGAUUGCUCAUCCAGUCCAAAUUCAAAGACAAUGGCGGCUAUUGCAUCCCAAUCGGCUGUCGUCUGUAACAACAUUAUUUCAUUCCUGAACGGUACAAAUCAACUGAUUGCUUACGAUGGUUACGCUUCGUGUCCAUUGGUCACCGGUUACGAUCGAUGCAUAAUGGCGGAAUUUGAUUAUGAUUUGAAGCCGAAGGAGACAUUUCCGUUUGCUCAGAAUGUCGAACGCUACAGUAUGUUUUUGAUGAAGAGGGAUGUGAUGCCGGCUCUGUAUUGGAAAUUGAUGCUGAAUGGACGGUGGAAUGGACCAGAGACAAUGAGGAAAAUAUUUUCGAUUGUUAAAUUUAAUAAGCAAAAUUGAGUAUUGAGGUCUCACUCAGUGAUAAA